CCUGAUGAACUCAAAUUUCUCUUUGAACUCGAGAAGCAAAGCUACUGUGAUCUUAAAGUUGCCAAUAAAACUGAGCACUAUGUUGCUUUCAAGGUCAAAACUACAUCUCCAAAGAAGUAUUUUGUAAGACCCAACACUGGUGUCAUUCAGCCUUGGGACUCUUGCAUCAUUAGAGUUACUCUACAAGCGCAACGAGAGUAUCCUCCAGAUAUGCAGUGCAAAGACAAAUUUCUCCUCCAAAGUACCAUUGUACCUCCACACACUGAUGUCGAUGAACUUCCACAGGACACAUUCACCAAGGACAGUGGAAAGACAUUAACAGAGUGUAAGCUCAAAGUCUCUUAUAUCUCCCCGUCUACUACCCAAAGAUCCUCUGAAUCCGGAGCAACAAAUGGUGAUGGACAGGGCUCAGAAACCAUCUCUACUAUACAGCGGCUGAAGGAAGAGCGAGAUGCAGCCGUUAAGCAAACACAACAGCUGCAACAUGAAUUGGAGAUGGUGAAGAGACGGAGAAACCAGAGGAACGGCGGAAAUGGGCUAUCCUUAAAGUUGGCAGCUAUGGUUGGACUCAUCGGACUCAUCAUCGGUUUCAUCCUAAAACUCACUUUAGCUUCUCCCACAUAACAACCCUCAGCUUAUCCACGUCGCCUACCAUCUCAGCAUAUGUAACUGCGGAUCCAAAACAAUUUCACACAUUUUCGGGUAUCUUACUCUGUUGAUCUUCUAAAUUUGCGUUAUUUCUAUCCCUCUCUCUUAAUAUUCUUCUACGUGUUUCUUCCAUCAAAUUUUUUUCUUUUUCAGUUUAUAUUGUAUGUACAUUUUUGACCCAACAGACCCUUUCAAUCAUUCGAGUUUACUUCUCCACC